CCGACCGACUCAGUACCUGCGAGCAUUCGUGCAGAACGCACGUGUAGGAAGUCAAUUUAUAACAAUUUUCUCUUUAAAUUGUAUUGUUUUAUAAAACUAAUAUGAAUAAGAUAGUGAUAUGUGUUUUAUUCCUUGGACUGUUUGGUAUAGCACAAAGUCUUCGUAUAUCGGGACACUUCGUUGAAAAUUUCGGAUGGCAAAUCUACGUUGGAUGGACAAGAACUACUGCUAGCCAUGUUAUGGAAAAUAUUACUAUUACAAGGAAUGAAAAUGAAGUUUUGGUUGUCUAUGUCCCAGCGACUCACGGGACAACGUACAAUGCUAGCAUUGUAAAUGUGGACUCUAAUACCAAUACGAGUAUCUCGUGCCUACAAGAGCUGAGCGCGAUCAGUGGCAUAUGUAACCUGUCAGUUGAGGUCACAGGGCCACCUACAGACGACACUUACACGGCCAUCGCUUAUUGGGCAAUGAAUCCUGGCACUCUAAGAGGGAACAGCACAGAGACUAUUAUUGGUAAAGCUUCACCAAAAAUAUCAGUCAUAAAGAUAGCUGGCCAACGUGACAACUUGAAUUGUACCGCAACUGGAGUACCAGCUCCUACAUUCGUGUGGACUCUUGAAGCAGAUAAUACCACUGUACUAGCGGAUUCCGUCGGUACAGUCUGGAACAACUUGACAAGGUUGUACGAUUCCUGGUCAUUAUUUAAACCAACUAACCAAUCUAGCCAGUCCUUCAGAGUCGUUUGCACACCACGGCAAAUCAACAGGAGAGGAGAGGUUAUAUUGGGGAGCUCGCUAAGUCGAGUGAUAAAUUCUGCUAAUCAAUUUGGUGCUUCAGUAAUAUCGAGUGCUGUUCUAUUAGCUUUGGCGUUUUCUUAUUCUGGCAGCGUCUAGGAUGAAAUACAAUAACGUACCUACUCCUGCCUUCACCAAAGUUGGAUAAAUAUUAGGUACCUACAAAUUCAUCUCCGCCCCGCGACACGGUGCAUGCUAUUGACGUGUUAUCUAUUUUUUUAAGUAAGUACUUGUUUUAUGCAGGGUGUUAGUGGUUGUUUAAUUAUUUUCAGUUCCAUACUUUUGUGACGCUAAGGUUCUACUUGAUAUUAACUCAAUCAUAAGCUGUAUUAUCUUCGAUAUUCGGCGCUCAUCAUUAACACCCUGUACGUAUGUUUUUCCAAUGAAAAAAAUAAGAGACUUCAUUGCAUUUAAUUAAUGAAAGAAUGUAAACUUAGUGAUUCCUAGCCAAACCUGAUAAGUAGACUACAAAAAUAUUAUUGUAAAGGCGCAAGUUUAGGUCCUUGUUUAUGUUAUCUACGGCUAAGUUGAUAACAUGCAUCAUGUAUCGGGAGUUAGUGCAUAUUGUGUGAAAACCAAAGAAUGUUUUAAGGAGUAAGUAACAUGGCAUUUUUUUUUAUCACCUCUUUAAUACUUUCAUUUUGCGUAAACUCCAAUCCAAAAUUUUGGACUUGCCCUCACCUACUUAUGUCAUGACUUCUGGGAGUGUUGGCGAAUAAAAGGUGACACUGUAUAAGUAUUACUUUAAAUUCAAGCUUUGUUCUUAUUUUAAGAAAGAAACAUCCCGGUCAUUUCGCUGGAUCCUUUUAUCUUGGUUUUCCAAAAACACUGUUAAGCCGAUCCAGUCUUCUGUUGUGUUAUUGCAAUCUGGGGGCAUGGCAGUGCCCCCGCCAAGUCGAGUAAAAACAACUUACUCUUUCUUGAAGCUAUUUAUGGCAUUUUCAACCCCGUGUAAUUUCAUUGUGAAUGUUUAUAUUGUCUUUUUAUGUACAUUUUAGAAUGAGUUUUGUUGACCAUUGUUGUUUAUUUACUAGAAUGUAAAGUCCAUUAAUUGUGUCCAUUUGGGCACCCACCAACUUAAUUUGACAGGAAAAUAAUUAGCUCUAACACUUUCUUGCACUUUUUGUAAGUGAAUGACGGCACUCAUUUAAGAGCUGGCAAAAUAAAAUUCAGUUGGGUUUGUGUCCACCCGAAUAGACACCAAAGAUCGUUGUAAAUGCUCCAUUUCGCAUGAACUUAAAUAAGAGACCUUUUACAUGUUACCAUACAAACGCCACAACAGACUGAAUUAUCUCGAACUAAAGGACAAAUAAAUGAAAAUAAAAACUUGA